AUGGCCGACUUCUACGCUCCCAACAACAACCGUGCUCCGUUCUCGCACAUUGCAAUCGACGUGACCUCCCUCGCGGAAUCCGUUCCAUUCUACGAGAAGACACUCGGCGUAUUCGGAUGGACCAAGACUUUCGAGCGGCCUGGCGCGGCGGCCGCCUUCGGGCCUGGCUACUUCCAACUCGUCCUGUUCGAGAAGGCUGAUGGCGUCCGAGGCCGCACUGGCCGUGGUGGCACUCACAUCGCUUUCGAGGCGCCUUCCAAGCAGGCCGUGCACGACUGGUAUGAAGAGGCGGUCAAGCUUGGUGCGACUGCCAAUGGCGAACCCGGAGUGCGCGGACACCUUUCGCCUAAUUACUACGCGGCGCACGUCCUCGAUCCUGAGGGCUACCGUCUCGAGGCCGUUUACCACCUCAAGCCCGAGGAGGUCAACUAG